GCAUGAUACUUCACGGAAACGUAUACGAUACAGAUCAGACGCCAUUUUCAUGAUUACUUGCAGUAUAACCAACUGUCUCGAAGUGAAAUAAGACUUACGUGUCCGGAAUAUCAUAUAAUAUCAUAUACUUGCAGAAAUCUAAAAUGGAAUCGGCUUUUGAACAGGAUGUACAUAUGCCACUCCCAGGCAUCACCGAUCCACAUACAUUUGAAAACUGGACGAAGUGCGUAAUGGGUUUAAAUAUUACAAGAAAAGCUCUAAGAAAACCGAUUGAGUUAGGUGCAAAGCAGCAUUUGCUCGAAUUCCCCAAGGAAGAAAUAUAUCAUUUUAAAACAUUUUCGGACUGUUUAAAGAAAGACAAUGUAUACCACUUAUCAGGGUCUCCGAAAAAUAAAAAAGAAAUGAUUCCAUGGACUUGUGACCAUGAACUAUGUCAGAAGAUAAUUAAGAAGUUAUUAAAGUUUCAUGCUCAAAAUGAAAAAAUAAAACGUAAAUGGGUAUUACCAAUGAUACCAGAGCCUAAUACAUCUAAUACAAUGAAGGUUCCCAGCGAGGAGGGAAAGAAUGUGGAUGAAAUCUGUGACGAAUAUUUCUGGGAUAUUAUGAAGCUAUACACUUACAAUGAAACAGUGAAAGGCAGCGCCAACGAGUACGAAAUUGACAAGAUUGAGCUAGUGCUGUUACUUCAGAUACUACGUAACUGUACAUUUCCGCAGUUCAGUGGAUUUGAGGAAGAGCAUGAAAAAGAAAUGACAAAAGCGAGAAACGUUGUGAUGCAUUCUGGAGAUUGCUCAUUUAGUGACAACGACCUUGCUAAAUUAUUUCAGCGUAUGACUGUUACACUGAGUAUAUUCAGUGAAUGUCAAAAUGCGAUUGCCAUAUUGGCAGAUUUGGAAAAACGAGAACUCUUUAAGCUUGCGAGGAAACAAGAUGAGUUGGGACUAGUUAUAAGGAACGCUCUAAGAUCAAGAAUUGAGGCUGUUGAGUUUGAUAUGAAUACAUGCGUAGACCAGCAAGAGCUAAACAGACUAAGAAAAGUAUAUUGGGAAAGCAACAACCAAUUUCAACAAUUUAAAACGGCUGACAGAGCGUCAAGCGACGAGAUGGAAAACCUAUCGAGAGAACUCCAGGAAUCCAAAAAUCAGAUGGAAAUCCUAUCGAGAGAACUCCAGGAAUCCAAAAAUCAGGUGAUUGAACUAUCAGGACAACUCCGGGCGUCCGAAUCUAAGGUGAUUGAACUAUCAGGACAACUCCGGGCGUCCGAAUCUAAGGUGGAUGGACUAUCGAGACAACUCCGGAAUUCAGAAGCAAAGGUGGAUGAACUAACGAGACAACUCUGGGCGUCAGAAUCUAAGAUUAAUGACUUAGUGAGACAACUACGGGCGUCGGAACAUGAGGAUCGUCAAGUAGGUGGCUGGCAAGGUGUUGGAAGAAGUUUCGACAACUGGUUGCGGACAAGAAAUAAUUAACAAAAUAGUAACACAAACAACUAGUAGGGAACCAUUUUCCUUGUUCUUGAUAUAUGGGCAAUGCACAGAUAAUCCAUUGAAAUAGUAAGAAAAUGGACCUUAUUCUUAUUAAUUAUAAAGAGUUAAAACGACUACAAACUUUAAUACCAUUGCCCAUCGCAUUUAUGUUUAAUCCUUAACAAUUGUAUAACCUCAUUAAUUGUUUGCUUUUAGUAAUCACAACAGAAGGAAAUAUAACAAAAUAUCGUAAAUGUGCAGUUUUGAAAGGGACUCCUCUGAUUUUUUUUACAUGAUGACCUUUGAAAAUUCAAAUAGUUUUACGAGUUAAAUGUACUUUAUGCGUGCCUAGGUACACAAACGAACUCACGUACGAUUGUUUGGAAAAACUAUAAAAUUAAAAUUUGAAAACGAGAAAACAAACAAACAUAAAACAACAAUAAUAAAAAAAUACACUUACCGUGCAUGGCAUAAAAAUGUCUAUUAAAUGAGAUAUCGCAUGCAUUAGAAAGUCAUAAGGAAAUAACCAAAUUAAUUAACUAAGAUAAAAAAAAUAACGGUCUAUUGGGGGGGAAAAUACCUUCACCACCCACCCCAUUACCGGCACAGUGUUAUAUAUGGAGGCUAUACGUUGCCAAAAAUCCAGCCUUUGAAACUUAACAAUGCAUACUUCGGUUCUACUAAACAGAUUAGUAAAAAUCUAAUUGUCGAUCCGAGAAUUACAUACUGCACUGGUAUUAAGCAUUUUGAUUAUCUUGAUUUGAUAAAAUGGAAGCUGUAAACAUGCAACUUAGAUAAAUUGCAAACUGUAUCUAUAAAUGUAUAACUUCAAAUUUGCGAAAUGUAAAGGAUAGAACUUACACAAUACGUUUAAUGCUGUGCAUCAUGACGUUGAGAAUGUAACUGCAUCAACUUGACACACUCAGGUUUACAACACUACACUUUCCUGUUACAUUCUAACGCGAUUAACAUUUAUAAACGAUUUUGCAACUUCCAUAUAUGGAAUUAUCACGGAAAUAGACGAAAAUUAAUAGGCGGAGCCAAUUCUCACGAAAGCAGAAUAUAAAGAGAGGUAACUCUUGCUGGUACAAAAAUAUUUUAAAUAAUAUAGAAACUAUUAUAAAUUUCACAUACAUCAUCACUUUGAACAUACUCUGAUUUUGUUAAAACGUCUUCUAGUACAAAAUAUUCAAGUAAUGCAAAAUUGGUUAAGAUAUGAUGUAACAAUGUUUAUACUGAUAAUGAGCAUAAUAAUAUGCAAAAACUCAAGUUGGUGAAUUAACAUAAGGGAAUGCUUUCCAUAUAUAAUGACACACACCACUACAUAUUGAUAAGAACGAUAGGGUUUGUGUGCCUUCAAUCGUUACACUUUCAGCAAAUAGUACUAGAAUGCGAUACACGGAAGUCACUUUUGACAACACGAAUAAAGAGAACUGAACAGUAAGCCUGUGCCUUCUUUCUUUAAAGGACUAUGUUGGGUUGUAGAAAAACCCAUAUUUUUGACCAAGUGUAUAUUAAACCACGAAACAAUUCAAAGUUUACUAUCGAUAAUUCCGUUGUAUAACCAAAAUCUUGUGAAUUUGUCCCAAAUCAAUAUUAAGUGUAUCUUAGCAUAUCUGUGUUUACCUCCAUUGGGAGGUAUUUUGAGUCAUAGGAUGUGAUUUGUAAGCUGGCGUAGGUUAAGGUCUUUCAUGCAUUGUACUGAAUCAAUAGCAACUCUAAAAUCUGUGUAUACAUGCUGUCAAUAGCUGUUACCUAGACUUGCUGUCUAUCUGAUCAAAAGCAGAGAACUAUUUUUAUGUACAUGAAAUACUACACAGAAUAUUUAUUAAGUUUUGUAAGUGAUGGCUUUCUUAGAGAUAAAAUAAACAAGGUAUACAUAAAUUGAUAAUCAACAUACAUACCUUUGGACUCAUUUAAAUAUUAUUAUUGAAAAAAAAAUGGUAAAAAUGGGAAAAUAUAUCUAUACAGUAUGGUAAAAAUAAAAAGUUAUGUACGAAAGGGUACAUACAACUUUGGUUUUAAUUUUACUAUUGUUAAAAGUUUUUUCUUGUCAAGUCAUACGCUAGAAUUAAGGUUACUAAUGUAAUAGUAAAUGCUACUACUAGGAAAGACAGCAGCUAGAAUUUGGUCUGUAUUAGUAAUUAGUCGUAUCAAAAUCUCUAUCAGAUGUUGACUUGAAAAUUUGAAAGUGGUAACGUAGCAGCUUAACUGUAAAUGUUACUCAUUCCUAUGCAAAUUGGACCACCCUCAGUAAAAUUGAUUUGUCGUUGAAUAUAGUCUUGUCACAAAUAUAUAAAUAAUUUUAGCUCCAUGGUCUUAUCAAUUAUUUUUACUCCUGAAAAAUAUUUAACCUCAGGCAGUAAGUAAGCCUGGUGAGAUUUUUUAUAUUAUUAGUUUAGUUUCUUUUUCUAGGAAAUGUGGUAUAUACAACGUUUUAAAACUUAUAUGCCUAUAAUCCUUUAAAGUCCGCUGAUGUUGAUUGUAUGAAGGCAUAGAAUGGCAAUCAUGCAAGUGAAUUAUGUUUGGUGAAUAACUAAACACCUAAAAGGUGCGGUAAACGGAAACUGCGCCGCUUCUUGUCGCCGACGGUGAAUACCGAAAAUGAGUUUGUGUUUAUUUGCGUUUAUUUAUACUCGCCACCGGUUGCCCAUAUGGGCGAGUCCCCCAGAAGAGUAUUAGUCAUUUUAGAUUUUUGGAGGAUAGUGCAGAUACAGACAGAUGCCCCAAUUCCAGAAGCUUCUCCUGGUUCUUUAGCGUGCCAAGUGUUUAAGCACCCAUACACGGGACCUCGAUUUAAAGUCUCAUCCGAAAGACUGAUUAGUGAUUUUAGUUGGCCAGCCCGGGAAUCGAACCCACAAUGUCGAGAUUACAAGUCUCGCGCUCUAACCGAUUGAGCUAUGCGGGCUGGUUAAUGAGCGGAUAGAUACGUUUAUUUACGACGAUGUAAUGGGCGGGAAAAUGGGCGGAGCUUAUUUGAUCUCCUUUUGAAAAACGUGUAAAGCUGGAUAAUGCUGAUCCGAAUCAUGAUGAUUCGACAAUGUAAAGCUAAGAAUGUAACUUCUGUUUUGUCGGCGUAUACACGAACAAUGAGUAUUCGAACACUUGGUAUUGCUACUAUCAGCAAAACAGUUAAUGUUUUGUCGUUUAACAAAAUGUGUUUUCUUGAAAUUCAUGUUUACAAUGUUAAAUCGGCAAACUCAAUCCAAUAAUGUAACAUUGGAGUUUACAUACAAAGAAAUACAAUUGUAUUUUGUCCGUUAACAAACUGUUCAACUCAGAUCAACAAAACCGGAUUUUUGGCAGCGAAUAGCCUCCAUAGUUAUACGGCGCAAGGGUUAAUAUGUGUUUUUUCCCAAGAUUUUAGUGAUAAUCACUGACUUUUACAUAUCAUUUCAAACACACGCGAAUUUUCAACGCUUCGAUUCUACAGACACGGAGAAAUUUCGCAUUUACCAAGGAUUUAACCAGAUGUAUUACAAAUGUAUUACAAAUCUGAUGCUCUCCUUAUACUUCGUGUGAAACAUGACUUUUUUUUAAAGACAAGAUGUUUCAUUUUUGUAUGAUGUUGAAACAAUGCUAUAUACGUAAUUUACAUUAUCUACAAAAUUUAACCGUGAAAAAAAGGCCAAAUUAUCAUUUAAAAUUUUACGACUUACUUUCUGAUAAUUAUAUUAUAGAUAAUAUAUAUUGGUACUAUAGAAAAUGACAAAUAAAAACAACCUUUGAGUGAACUUAUUAUGAAUAAAAAACAAAACAAAAACAAACACACAUUGUUAGUUAUUUUAUAGCUACAUGUAUAUUGUACUUUCGUUUCGUCGUAUUAACCUGGAAGAAAAACGUACGGUAUUGCUAGAAACAUUCCAAAAUACAUUUACGGCAUUGUAGGUGCAAUUUCUUCCAGAUGGAAAAUGCCUCCGGUACUUCUAAAAACGAGUCCUUGCGAACCAUUUGCUGUAAAUCAAGACCAAUAGCUUUUGUGCAAAAUUUCAAAUUGCUGCGUCGUCACUGUUGUCCUCUUUGUUGUUGUCGUUGUGCAAAAAUGUUGAUGUAAUCAUAAUUCAACACGAAACCUGGAUUAUUUACUUAUAACUACACGAAACAGUUGUAAUUAAGACAAGGAACAGCAUUAUCUGAAAGCUUUACAUUUUCGGGGUA